AUGAAAAAAAUCGCACUGCUAUCACCCGUGCUGCUGUUAGGGAUAGCAGGAGCUCCCGAGGAUAUCAAAAAGAAGCCGGAUAAGCGACCCACCAAGAAGGCUUCUUCCGCGAAACCAACGAAAAGCCCCAAAUCAAUUAUUGAGGAAUUUUCCGGUCUUCCGGCAUCCGAUCUAGACUUCAUCAAGGAAUUGGACCGACAGUUCAAUGAGCACGGGAACAAAAUUCGUAUCAAGGUGCAGCGAAGCAACAGCUCAGGAGAUUCGAAGAGCCCUAAGCGAAACAUUGACGGUGAACUGGGGUAUGGCCACUACAGUAACAUACCCGAGACUGGGUUUCAUUUUUCCAAACCGAAAUACAUGAUAUACCCGUACACUCAACAUGGUAACUCUCUGAGAGGGGCGAUGAGCGAAGCCGAUGACAUGGUCACAGAAGUGGAGAUCCAACCUUCCCAUAGCUACGAGCUGAAACCGAUUGAGGAAGUUUAUCAGAUUUACCCGACAAGACAUUACCAGCAAACACACCAGCAACAGUAUUAUCAGCAACAGCACCAACAAGAUGAAAGUCCAGUGAUUGUUCUCAAGAUUCCGGGACCAGCGAAGUACGCCCAACAUUUGCAGGCUCUUCUACAGCAGUACUUGGAAGUGCGAGCUGCUCAACUGUACAAAGAAAUUCAAGAUCAAGAGUUUCAACAGCAGCAACAUGCAAUCCAAAAACAGCAGCAUGCAAUACUUCAACAGCAACAACAACGCUAUCACCAACGUUACCAACAUUUACAACAACAACAACAUCAGCACCAGGCACCGCCUACAAAAUACAGCCAACCUGACCCUUAUGCCACACAACAGUCCUAUAUCCAGACCUACAAAAAUACUCACAGUACAUUCGUUCCUACUCAUGGACAUUAUUACAACUCCUACAAAAGACGACCAACUCAACCUACCUACAGGAAACCUGUUUUGACUCCGACUCAAAUUGCUUACCAGGCAGCCCCGGAACACGAGCAACAAGCCUAUCAAUACGAAACACAAACAUACCAUCACAAUGUCGAAGCUGCUCAUCAACAGCAGCAGCAGCAUCAGCAACAACAACAGCAACAUCACGUAGAAUACCAAUACGUACAUCAAGUUCCUCAAUCAGCAACCGAAGAGCAACAUCAAACAGAAUACACUUAUCAGAAGCCGGUUAUCAAUUUCGUCACACCUGUUCCAGAGCAGAACACUCACCAGGAACAACACUACGAACAACCCCCCAAAUACCCCAACUUUGCUCAAUACCACGCCGCGCAUAAACCUGUAACCCAAGAACCCGAAGAAUAUCUACCAGAGCCAAAACUGGUCGAGAACUACCCAAGCCAUAAGCAUACCCAAGUUAUCUACAAAACUCACGAUACUAGUGCUCAACUUCACCAGGAAGCCUCCUACGAUCAUCCCGAAUACGCCAUCGUUGCACAAGCUCAACCCCAACAGGCGUCUGCACCGGAAGAACAAGACAACUCCAACGCCCAACACAAAUACAUCUACCAAGAAGUGUACCCAUCUCAGGCCUCAUUCUUCCAGGAGAAGUCCUUCGUUGAGCAAGCUACCCCAGAAGCAGUCAAUGAUUUGCACGGCCACGGUAGUGUUACCCCUGAACCGGAAACCGAUCCCCAUCAAUACAACACCGAAUCGGUAGUGGCGAUAACCCAGAAAUCGAAAACCCUCUAUAACUAUCACGCCCACCAGCAUCGACGAUCACACGCCACUAGGUCAGCGGCCGCCAACAACGGUCGAAACGGUGGAACCUCUAAGUCCUCCUCCAGCAAACGGGACGCCCCCUUCACCGAGGAGCAGUUCAAAAAGGUCAACAAAGUAGUACAUCGAAUGAAGAAGAAGCCUAGCAAUGGAAGCGCGGCAACGCUUACAACUACGGCCCAAGGAGUCGUAUCUAGUGCUUAG